AUGUCGGCCAUCUACAAUCUCGAACCUCAGCCGACAGCGUCUGCGAUUAUCCACACCACGCUCGGCGAGAUUCUCGUCGAGCUCUUCGCAAAGCAGACUCCGCUUGCCUGUCGCAACUUUCUUCAACUCAGUCUCGACGGCUAUUACGAUGGUACCAUAUUCCAUCGAUUAGUUCCCAACUUCAUUUUACAAGGAGGCGAUCCGACCGGCACUGGCAAUGGUGGCGAAUCUAUAUACGAUGGCGGCGCAUUCGGCGGCGACCUGGACCCUUGGCCAAUGGACCAGCGUCAUGGCAAGAAUGCCGGACCGACGGGUAUCAACUUUCGAGAUGAGUUCCACUCGCGCCUCAAGUUCAACAGACGCGGACUAUUGGCGAUGGCGAACGAAGGACACGUCGAUACGAACGGUAGCCAGUUCUUCUUCACGCUCGACAAAACAGAGGAACUAAAUGGCAAGAACACAUUAUUCGGUCGCGUGGCUGGCGAUACCAUAUACAAUUUGGCAAAAAUUGGCGAAUCCGAGGUGGAAGAGGGCACAGACCGACCCAUGUAUGCGGUCAAGAUUGAGCGCAUCGAGAUCCUCGUUAACCCGUUCGAGGACAUGGAGAAACGCACACGUGUGGCUGCGCAUUCGGAAAAGAAGCCCGCAGAAAAGGAAAAGAAGAAGAAGAAGCGCAAGGCCGGAAAGCAGCUUCUUAGUUUCGGGGAUGAGGAGGGCGACGAGGAGGUUACUUCGCUACCGAAGAAGGCAAAAUUCGACACUCGUAUAGUGGUGGACGACGGUUCGGCUGAGGAAGAGCCCAGGGCGAAAUCAACAAAAUCGAAAGCAGCAAAGAAAGGAAAGACGAGUGCACCGGAAGUUAAGGACGCCGGCGCGGGGGAGACGACAAUAGAGCCUGCGACACAGCCUGAGGAAACAGAACGCCUAAAACUAAACGACAGCGAUAGUGAGGCUGCAGGGGACUAUCCAGAGGUGCCCAAGAAGACGGCUUUGCAAAAGGCCAACGAAGAAAUUGCCGCUCUUAAGGCUUCUAUGAGACGGACCAUUCACGCUCCGAAGGAGGAGGAGCCUCGCAAGAAAUCGGCCCUGGCUUCGAUGAUUCCGGAAACAUCCAUUCGAGGAGCGCGUAAGAGACACACCGGUGGUUCCAGUGCCAUCUCGUCGGAUGAUCAAGCUACUCUGAAGCUUCUCAAGGGCUUUCAAUCACGGCUCGACAAGGCGCCGCCAGGAAAGGAAGUUGCCAAGAACGGUAGCGAGGAUGACGACGAAGCGAAGAAACGCCAAGCUGGUGGGGAUGAUGAGGCCGAGCUCUGUGACCUGCACUUUAUUGCAAACUGCCAGAGCUGCACAUCAUGGGAUGAGCAGGACAAGGAGGAGAGCGACGACGAAGGCUGGAUGUCGCACACGUUGUCAUUCGCCGCGGACAAACUCGGCAAGGAUCUGAGCAAUCGUAAAAACGCCGAAGAAGAGUUGGUUGUCAUUGACCCUCGAAAUAAGGAGCAGUCGAUGCGUGAAGAGAAGCGGGCAAAAAGAGACGCCCGAUCGGGCGGAUCUGGACGCGAGUGGGAUCAACGGCGAGACCAGACCAGAAACGCCCAGAUGGCGCAGGCUGCAUCGCUGGCAGGUCGUGGUGCCAAAUAA